AUGGACGCAGACGACUAUCGGGAGAAGUUGCGGACCCUUGACCGCCUCAUCGCAGAGCUCAAGGCUCAAGGCGCGCACAAGGAUACGAGCGAGGAAGACCGGGUGAAGGCCAUGUGUCAUCGCUCAUGCCAGCCCUCGAAAUCGCGGCGCUCACUGGCCCCAUGUCUUGCUAUAGCCUGGGACGCCGUAUAUUUUGUGCGGGAGGGCAUCUACCGGGGUGGCAUCUUCAAGCUGCGCCUCCUCAUUCCUCCCACUUACCCCGACAAAGUUGUCCCGCGCAUCUUCUUUCAAAGCAACGUCUUUCAUCCUCGCGUCAACGACAUCACCGGCGAGCUGGACAUGAGCCGUUACUACGUGAGCUGGAAUCCCGAUGUCGACCGCUUGAAGCAUCUGUUCAAGUAUGUCCACAAGAUGUUUCGUAAGAUCGAUGCAGACAACGCCGUUAACGAGGGUGCCGCAGCCAUGUUUCGCGUAUCCAUGGAAGCCUUUGAGGCGCCUGUGCAGCGCUGUGUCAAAGCGUCACAGGCCACCGCCCAUACCCCUACCGGCAACAGCAUCGAGCUCGGCCACAGCGAUAACCGCGAUGGCAUCAUGCAGGCAAUCAAAGACUACAUGCAAAGCUUGCGCCAAACGGCUAAUCCAGACGACUCGCAUAGCGCUCGGAUACGCGGGCGCCUCGAGUCGCGGCACAAAAGCCUCACCAGCGCCGUCCUCACCGAGCGCAUGGUUCAACGUGCCUCUAAUCUGGCCUCGGUCGAGAGUCUUGAUCACCACGUCGCCUCACCUGCCACAUGCGGGACACGCAACCUUUGCAGAUUGGGUGACGAUGCUUGUGCAGGUUAUGUCACAUACUUCACCGGCGAAGGCGCCAGUCCGGAGCGGCGCUGGUUGUUUCUGUCGGAGUCUGCAGGUCAUUUGCGGUUGUACAAGACGGAGCGAGAGGAAGAUCUGAUCACGGAACUGGCGACGCGGGACGUUUGUCGAUGCUACGAGCCUGACUCGACAACGCAGCGUGCCUCCAAUGGUUUUGUGGUGGUAACACCCGACAUGGUCUUGCGCUUGGGCGCACUAUCCAGUAACGGCCUGCUGGUAUGGCGCAGCGCCAUCCUCCAUGCCUCGGCAUUUGGCGAGCCGCGCAUUGGCCACGAGUCCACAUGA